AUGGCUAAAUCUAUUUCUAAUUGUUUGCUUGAAUGGAAAUUAGAUAAGGUGUUCACUAUUACCAUGGACAAUGCUUCUUCAAAUGAUGUCACAGUCAAAGAAUUGUCUAAAAAGGUAGAUAUGUGGAAAACUAAUAUGAUGAGUGGUGAACACCUUCAUGUGAGAUGCAUGGCUCAUAUACUAAAUCUAAUUGUGCAAAAUAGUUUGAAAGAAAUUGAUGCUUCUGUCACACGUGUUAGAAAUAUUGUGAGAUAUGUGAGAUCUUCGCCUGCAAGGACCUUAAAGUUUAAACAGUAUUGUGCAUAUGUAAAGGUAGAAUGUACCAAAAUAUUAUGUUUGGAUAUUCCUACUAGGUGGAAUUCCACCUAUUUGAUGUUAGAUACGGCACAAAACUUUAAAAAAGCCUUUGACAAGUUUCAUCUGUUUGAUGAUGGAUUUUCUGCUUAUCAAUGUUCUCAUCUUUGUGAAGAUGGUUAUAGUGCAGGUCCUCUUGAAUCUGAUGAUUGGGUGAAUGUGAGGAAUAUGAUAGAUUUUCUUGCAAGAUUUCAUGAGCUCACCAAAAAAGUUUCAG